GGAUCUUAUGGAGGCCAUUUCGAUUCUCAAGAAGACUUCUGAAAGUAGAAAGCUGUAGUAUAACUGAACUAGAAUCAUUGAUUCCACUAGCUUGGACAUCGCUGACACAGAGACUUAGCAAAGCACCUAAUAUUUUCUUAUUGAGUCAAAGAAGAAUAUUCUCAACCAUGCCAGAAAUGGAAACAAAUGAGAGAGACUCUGAAUUGUUUUCACCACCCUCUGAUGUUCGAGGCAUGAUAAAACUCGAUAGAACAGCUUUUAAAAAGACAGUCAGCAUUCCAGUGCUUAAAGUGAGGAAAGAAGUAGUUGAUAAAUUGAUGCGAUCCCUUAAAAGAGCAGCACUGCAGCGCCCAGGCAUAAAACGUGUGAUUGAAGAUCCAGAAAAUGAAGAAAAUAGGCUAAUUAUGUUGGAUCCCUAUAAAAUGUUGACUCAUGAUUCCUUUGAAAAAGCAGAACUCAGUAUUUUAAAACAGCUAAAUGUCAGUCCACAAAUAUCUAAAUAUAAUUUGGAACUAACUUAUGCAAACUUUAAGUCAGAAGAAAUCUUGAGAGCUGUACUUCCUGAAGGUCAAGAUGUAACUUCAGGGUUUAGCAGAGUUGGACAUAUUGCACACCUGAACCUUCGAGAUCAUCAGCUACCUUUCAAGCAUUUAAUUGGCCAAGUUAUGAUUGACAAAAAUCCAGGAAUCACCUCAGCGGUAAAUAAAAUCAAUAAUAUUGACAAUACAUAUCGAAAUUUCCAAAUGGAAGUGUUAUCUGGAGAGGAGAACAUGAUGACAAAGGUUCGAGAAAAUAACUACACCUAUGAAUUUGACUUUUCAAAAGUCUAUUGGAAUCCUCGUCUCUCUACAGAACACAGCCGAAUCACAGAACUUCUGAAACCUGGGGAUGUCCUAUUUGAUGUUUUUGCUGGGGUUGGGCCCUUUGCCAUUCCAGUAGCAAAGAAAAACUGCACUGUAUUUGCCAAUGAUCUUAAUCCGGAAUCCCAUAAGUGGCUGUUGCACAAUUGUAAAUUAAAUAAAGUGGACCAAAAGGUGAAAGUCUUCAACUUGGAUGGGAAAGACUUCCUUCAAGGACCAGUCAAAGAAGAGUUAAUGCAGCAGCUGGGACUGUCAAAAGAAAGAAAACACUUUGUGCACAUUAUCAUGAACUUGCCAGCAAGGGCUAUAGAGUUUCUUAGUGCUUUCAAGUCACUUUUAGAUGGGCAGCCAUGCAGCAGUGAACGCCUUCCCAUCGUGCACUGUUACAGCUUUUCCAAAGAUGCUAAUCCUGCUGAGGAUGUCCGGCUACGAGCCGGAGCUGCGUUGGGCAUUUCUUUGGAGGCUUGCAGUUCAGUUCACCUAGUAAGAAAUGUAGCCCCUAACAAGGAAAUGCUGUGCAUCACCUUUCAGAUUCCUGCUGCCAUACUCUACAAGAACCACACCAUACAUCUAGAGAAUCACGAAGUUCCACCUCUUAAACGACAGAGGACGGAUGAAGCCUUUUUGGAAGAAAAAACACAAAUUGCUUCAAAGACCUGAUUGGAAAUGUUUCUUCCAUCUUUCUACCAGACUCAUGUGUAGUGAAAUUUAAUUUGUAUGAUUUAAUAAAAUUUUAGCAUUCAGUAACUUUACUAUUGAACCUUUAUACUUUGCCAUGCUAUCUUAUAAAUUUGAGGAUUACCAAAUUCAACUUUAAUUGAAAUAAGUCUACUAAGUAUAUUCUCUAUUGUCUAAAUGAUAAUAUAUAAUUAUAAUUUUAUAAUAUAAAUUAUAUCUAAUUUUUAUUAGAUAAAUAUGCUUAAGUAUUAUCUCUCUUUGGAAAAUAGUUUUUGAAGGUAGGAUAAUUAUGUGAUGUCUAACUAGGAAGGCGCUAAUACCACUUUGUACCCUUAGUUGAGAGUGUAGUUAAAUUUUACAUAACUACUCCUCUACUACCAAUAUAAAAGUAAUAAAAAAUGAGAUUAUUUAGAUCAAGUGUAGGCAAACUACAUCCUGUAGGCCAAAUCUGGCCUGCCACCUGUUUUUGUAUGGCCCGUGACCCAAAAUGUAAUGUUCUUACAUUUUCAAAUGGCUGAAAAUAAUCAAAAGGAUAACAGUUUAUGACUUGUGAAAAUUAUAUGACAUUUAUUAUGUAUCAAUUUUAAAGAUUUAAAAAAUAAUCGUGUGAAAUUUGAGUUUCAGGGUUCAUAAAAGUUUUAUUGGAACAUA